GGGGUGAUCUCCAUGAUGGUGGUGGCCUUCUUGGAGAUGUCCUUCAUGAUGGUGGUGGUCUUCAUGGGGAUGUCCUUCACGAUGGUCUUGGCCUUCUUGUGGUGGCCAUCUUGGGGUGAGAGGUCACAACUGUCCCCUCCUGCAGCCAUCGAGCAGAGCAUCGAGCAGGAGGAAGGCCUGAACCGCUCCUCGGCCGACCUACGCAUCCGGAAAACGCAGCACUCGACGCUGUCCCGCAAGUUCGUGGAGGUGAUGACGGAGUACAACGCCACCCAGUCCAAGUACCGCGACCGGUGCAAGGACAGGAUCCAGAGGCAGCUGGAGAUCACCGGCCGGACCACCACCAAUGAGGAGCUGGAGGACAUGCUGGAGAGUGGGAAGUUGGCCAUCUUCACCGAUGAUAUCAAAAUGGACUCGCAGAUGACCAAACAAGCCCUGAACGAGAUCGAGACGCGACACAACGAGAUCAUCAAGCUGGAAACGAGCAUCCGGGAGCUGCACGACAUGUUCGUGGACAUGGCGAUGCUGGUGGAGAGCCAGGGCGAGAUGAUCGACCGCAUCGAGUACAACGUGGAGCACUCGGUCGACUACGUGGAACGGGCCGUGUCGGACACCAAAAAAGCCGUAAAGUACCAGAGCAAAGCCCGGAGGAAGAAAAUCAUGAUCAUAAUUUGUUGCGUGGUGCUGGGGGUGGUCUUGGCCUCCUCCAUCGGGGGCACGUUGGGCUUGUAGGGUCCCGGCGCGCCCCCUCUCCCCCGCCCCCCCC